AGAGAGCGAGAGAGAGAGAGAGAGAGAGAGAGAGAGAGCUGAUACAGUACACAUGUCACAGGGAGCUUCUUUCCUGCACUCAGCAAUGGCUGUGUUUUAUAUUCAUGUUGGCCCCAGUGGCUUUCCAAAGUGAAGUACCGUUAUUCUUUAGCGAAGAAACGAAACUUACAAGAUGGAUAUAAGAGAGUGAGAGAGUGUGAGAGAGCGAGAGCGAGAGAGAGAGAGAGCACCAAAAUUCCGAGUUCUGGGUAAAGUUUUUGUCCGUGAUUUAAAAAAAUGACAAGCGGCUGUCAGAAAGGGGAAGAUGUGCAGCGUCACAGUGUGUGUACCAGGUUAUUUCUGCUUGUCACAUCCAGAGAUGAGGCGUUCUCAGCCCAGGAUCUCCACCAGUCUACAUGGAGCUGCCCUGUCCCCAGUAACUCAGCUGCGGUUGGUGCUGGUGGGCAGAACAGGUUCAGGUAAAAGUGCCACUGGAAACACCAUUUUGGGUAAAAAAUGUUUCCCAUCUAAACUGUGCAUGGACUCAGUGACAAAGCAAUGCCAGAAGGAAUGUGGAGUAGUCCAGGGGUGGAGCCUGGCUCUGACUGACACUCCUGGCUGGUUUGACACCUCCCUCCAGCAAAGUGAUAUAACACAGGAAGUGCUAAGAUGUUUGGCCAUGUGUUCACCUGGACCACAUGCAUUUCUGCUCAUCAUACCAAUCGCUCGCUUCACAGAGGAGCAGCAGCAGACUGUAAAUAUGAUUGAGGAAACUUUCGAGGAGAACAUCAGUGACCACACAAUCAUCAUAUUUACCCGUGCAGACGAGCUGGAAGGAGAGCCAAUUGAGGAUUUUAUAUCAAAACAGGACAAACGAAUCCAGGAUCUUAUUGCACGAUUUGGUGGGCGUUUCUUGGCUUUCAACAACAAGAACCCAGAGAAUGGGGACCAGGUGAAACAGCUCCUGAAGAAGCUGGAUGAGCUGCUGGAACAGAACGAGUGCCGUCACUUCACCAACCAGAAAACGGUGGUUGUAGAGAAGGCACUAGUAAUGUUGGAACAGAAAAAGCAAGAAAAACUAGCUGAAGCAAUUAAGAAGGCCAAGCAGGAAGUAAGGCAGGUGGCUGAAUGUCGCCGGGCCAACAUCAUUAAAGCCCUGGAGGAGAAGAAGCAAGAGAUAGAAAAAUGCAUGUGUCGCGUCCAGGAACAAAUCCACAAUUUAACAGAAGAAAUUACCAAAGAAAAUGAAAACCUUUAUAAAGAUUCACAAAGGCUGCAGGCGCUGCAUGAAUCUCUACAUAGUGCAAGAAACAGCCUCAGAAAUCUGGAGGAAGAGAAGGAGUUAAAGAUAAAGGAAAGUGUAGAAGAGAAAAGGGAACUGGAAAUAUGGAUCAAGGUGGAAGAGCAGAUAAGAGAGCAAGAGGAGAGAGAAAAGGCUUCAAAUGAGGAUGAACACAAAUGUUAUUACGAUGAAAAAUAUUUCACUAUUCUGAAGUACCUCGUCCUUUUUUUGGGAGGCGCUGGAGCUGGACUUUGGUUGGCACCUGCACUUUUUGUCACUGCAGCACCUGUAGGACUGGCAGCAGAGUUAACUGCACUGCUCGGACCAGAGCUUGCAGCCGCUGUGAUGGCAGCAGCUACAAAAGCAGCUCCUUUAAUGGGUGCAGCAGCAAAGGUAGUUCCAUUGGUAACUAGUCUUUGUUCCAUUCAGUAACACAAAACCAAAACAUCUUAUCAUGUAAGUUUGGAAAAAUCUGUCAUAUUGUCAUCCUCUAGUCCAGAAUCCGUGCUCUAAAUUAUUAUCAUCUUGUGGACCAUGACUGAAUUGAAAGCUAGUAUCUGUUUUUCUACUAGAGGGUAAAAUAGACCAAUAAACUGAUCAGUAAAAUUGUAUAAGCAAGCUCCAAAUUUUACAUAUCAGCCUAAUUCAUCAGUCCUUUUCCUAAUUAAUUCCAUGUAUUAGUCCAAUAUUUAAUCCCAAAUUAAAUCCAUUUCAGUUCCAGUUUGCAACAUUAGAAAAUAUGGAAAGGUUCAAGAGGGUAAAUAUUUAUGCAAGACAUUGUCUGGUAAAACCAUAAAUUGGAAAUGAAAAUGGUAAUGAAUUGUGUUUGUAGGUGAUACAUAUUCAAUCUGGCCCAUUUGACAUUGGACUAAGUGUAAUGUGGCCUGUUACCUAAAAUGUGUUUAACACCCAUUCUCUAGUCUGUGUGGUGGCAUUAUCUUAUAUCAGAGGCUUGAAGUGUGUAGGAAAUAUAAGAAAAUGUAUGUCUUUAUUACAGUCAUAAUCUGUUUUAUUAUUCAUUUUUGCACAUACUAAUCAUAGUCAGUUUACUGCUUGCAUUCUUCUCCAUCUAGUACAAAAAACAAAUCUGUUUUUGUGCUUUUCCUUAAAGCAAUAAUUAAAAUAUAUUUUUACUUCUAACAAGAAAAGCAAUUCGGUCACUAGAACUGUAAUUCUGAAUUCUUCUAUGUUAAUAUACUACUAUUAUGUACACAUUACAGUAAUCAGAUACAUAAGUGUGUUUCCAUGUAACAGUUCGUAGAUCAUUGAACUGAUAAUGUAUCCUUUAAAACAAAAUACAUUUGAUAAUCUUCCAUUUUGUCCCCCAUCGUUCUCUGAGUAUUACAGCGUGGUGAAAAUACUUUAUUUUGAGCUCUUUAGUUGUGUUGCUAUUGUGGAUGAUUAACAGAAACAAAAGCGUUCCAUUCAGCAUUUUGUUCUUAGGUUUCUUUCAAAAGGGUGAUACCAAGAAAGCAUUUCACCAAACACUGAGAAGUGGAAAUGGCACAAUGAGGUAUGGAUGUGCAGUUGUAGAAACAUGAAUGUUUCCUUUGGUUUGGGGGAAAAUUCGGUUAAUAUAGUUUGCAGAGGUGGGUAGUAACGCGCUACAUUUACGUCUUUACAUUUACUUGAGUGACUUUUUGAAAAAAAAAAAUUACUUUUAAGAGUAGGUUUAACUGGCCAUACUUAUACUCUUACUCAAGCUCAUUUUUAAUCACAGAAAUGUACUUUUACUUCACUACAUUUUGUGACGUUACUCUGUUACUGUUAAAUGUUAAUGAAUAUAUGUAGUUUUAAUAAUUAGUUCAUAUCACGUAUAAUGAUGACCCAUAAAGAGGUUGAGAGUCUCGCGAUACUCUGCAGUGGUCUGAAUGUGUCUGCAACAAGCGUUUUUAUUAGCUGGCUCAGUCCUGGAAGAUAAUGCAAAGCUGAGUACCUUAGAGAGGCAGAAUCUUUCAGAAGUAAAGAUGGGAUGGAAUCUGGAUGGAAGCAUAUGUUGCUGUAAAACCUGUAUAUACCUUUCAGCAUUGAUGUUCCCUUUCCAGAUGUGCAAGCUGCCCAUUACAUAGGCACUAAUGCACCCCCAUACCAUCAGAGAUGCAGGAUUUUGAACUGAGUGCUGAUAAAAAGCCGGAUGGUCCCUCUCCUCGUUAGUCCUUUUGUAAGCGUCCAUGGUUUCCAAAAGGAAUUAAAAAUUUCGAUUCAUCUGACCACAGAAUAAUGCAAAUCAUUGCAUUCUGUUUUUAUUUACAUUUUACACAGCGUGCCAACUUUUUUGGAACCGGGGUUGUAUAUUGAAAACUUUUUAUAGCACUUUUAUUGAGUGCAUCUUGUGUUUUCAUUUAUAUGUUGGUUUUCAUCACUUUCUCUCAUGAGUAAAAAUCGUCUGCAAACCAUAGUUAGUUUGUGCCAGAGGCUAUCUGUCUAUGCAACUUGAAAUUUUCAACUGAUUUUUCAUUCAUGUUAUUCAUUAGGUCUUUAUGAGUAGAUGAAUUUAUAUUGACGCAUGAUGCAUUAUCUUUUAUGUAUGUUUUAAUAUGUUUUAGCAUUUGUUUAAAUGUUUAGACAUGUACUUUAAUGUAUCUGUUGUGUGUUGUAUUAAGCCCUGUGCUAACUGCUCCUGGGGGGAUUAAUAAAGUUGUAAACUAAGCUAAACUAAA